AGGUUUCUAUGUCUUCUCUUUGCUCUGUGUAUCUCGAGUUUGGCCGCCAAGAGUUGUAGAGAUGUGAAACAACGAAGAACUCUCAGAAACCUUACAACGAUUUCUUUUACACCUCCUUUACUCCCAGAUUAGGCUGAUUACCUCACUCUCAAGCAUUCACUCCAACUCAUUGCAUCCCUAAAGUAAUUAACUUGACUGUCGAGUAUAAUAGUUUGUUCUAAAUUUUUUUUUUUUUUUUGGGAGGUGAAAAAAUUGAAGAACGGCGACGAGCUACUGGGUUUGGACAUGCUCGGAUGCAGCUUAUGGAGACCUUUUGAGUGAAGGUUCAGUUUAACGUUGUGGUCUUUGUAUCAGAAACAAAUCCUCUAAUCAUAUACCUCAGGAAAGUUGAGAAGCUUUUUGAGUCAGAAAGAUUCGCUUUUCACCGAACUUGAAGCUUGGGUUUUGCUGUUACCCUUCUUUAGUUUUCACAACAGCGUAGAUGAGAGCUGGUGCCGUUAGAACUGCUAGACAACCUGUGCAAGAGCUCUGAAAGCUGUUUUUGCUGGUGACGCAGCUUCAAAAUCUUAAGCACUGAAGGUAUAAAAUCUUGUCUACGGACCAUAUGUUUAAGUCUUCUUUAUGUGCUUUUGUAUCAAGGCUUUAGUUAUAAUUGGUACUUUUGCCUUUUCCAAGAAGAAGUAUAAGCUAGGGGUCUCUCGAAGACAAUCACUUGGCGCAGCAGAUAUUAGACCGACAUGAAUGGCUUCUUCACCACUUACUUUCCUCUGGAGGCCACUAAAGCUAUUAGUUUUUUAUUUUGCAGACUCAUCUACCCCCGUAAACAGCUAGCUGAUGACAAGACGGCAAAAGACUACAACAUCGAGGGAGGCUCUGUUCUGCAUCUUGUCCUUGCUCUUAGUGUUGGUUUUGGUGUUCUGAGUACUAACUCUUUCUCUUAUCUCUGUCUAGAGUUUCUUUUCUCUCUAUCAUUAAAAAGUGGUGCGAUUUGGAUUUGUUACUUUGAUAUUUCAGUGGGUUUAGAAGCAGUGUACCAAUAAUCUGUUCACUAUAGAUGAUAUAUAACUUCAUAUAUAUUUUUUCUAUUUGGUUAGUUUUUAUGAAUAUCUUUCAUUUCAAGAACGAGGCCAGCAAAAGAUGGGACAGAAGCUAUAAGUUGGGUCGGAACCAUGCCACUAAGAUUUCUAUGGAGUUGAAUGAUAAAACAUAUAUAAAUUGAUGGAACUACAGACGGUCAAAUUCAUUUGAUAUAAUGAUAGUUUAUGUAAAAAAGAUCAAUUAUAUACAAUUUUAUAUUGGAACGUUAAGCUUUAUAAAAC